GUGCGAUAUAUAUGGUGAACCAAGCCAAGGAAACGAUGAAUUCUUGGAAUUAUUAAAAUCUUGGGGCCUGCUAAAUGAAAUAAUUGAUACCCUGAUUGAACGGGGGGUUAAUUCCUUUCUCAUUCUUGAGAAAAUGCAAAUUGACGACGUUGACGCUUUUUUCAAUAGAUGUGACGCAAAAUAUUUCGGAGAACGCAUAAAAUUUAAAGCCGGUUUAAAGGAGUGGCGAACAAAAAAGGUAAGAUGAUUCCUUUAUUUUUAAAUUAUCAAUUCUGUUUAUAGAGCUAUGCACAACACAAGUAAUCGCCCAAGAAAAAACUUUAAUUUUGCUCUAAAAGCCAAAUUUUAAGUAAUUUUAAUUUGAAAGUUAGUGUGUGGAUUCUGUUUUUAAGGGUAUUCCAUUUAUUUGUGACCAAGAGACACAAACUGCAAACACCGAAGUCUUAGAUUGGCUGAAAAAAAUAUCCAGUGAUUUGUCUUCCGUCAAAUCGGGAGAAUGUAGUAUGCUACCUUGUUCGCCUCAAACGAAGAAUUUCAAUCUACGCGAGCUUUUAAAAACAUCAGUAAAGGGACAACUUGCUUUAAGUUAUCAAGAAAAACAUGGCUACUUGGACAGUAGAAACCAAAAAAAUUUAACACAUUGCAUCGUUGACAACUAUAUUGGUUUAGGACGCAAAAUGCAAUACUCAGAUAUGAGGGAAUGGGCGAAUGAAAUUGUUGCGGUAUUUCCUAAAGAAAAGAAGGAAUUUUACUUUUUGGAAAGAAAAAUGGGAAAAAAGAAUCCGAGUGGUAAAUUGUUCUCGCGUUGGGCUAAUGCCAUAAAGUUGGAAAACAAAGCCAAUCCUGUUACCCAGGAAGCUUAUGAAGAUGUUUUUGACGAUAACGUUUUGGAAAAAAAGUGUUGGUUGGCACAUAACUGCACACCUUGGGAAAAAGUUAAAAAGUUUUGGUUAGAUACAUGCACGUUUAGAAAUAAAUGUAAGGGAUCUCUAUCGGAUUUGCUAGCAGACUGGCCGCGCUACAAUGACUUUAACGGUUACGAAUUGGUAAGAAAAAAGCACAAAGUAUUUAUUUACAAAUUAAACAUUAUUCAAUUAUAACAGGUUGAUAUUGAUUUUAAUGACAUGCAUCCAGAUAUUGGAAACGAGUUGUUAUUAAAACUUGACAAGUUUUAUAAAGUAAUCCUUCCUGUCUUAAAUGCGGAAGUAAAAGACCAAGCCAGCCGAGAGUUACUACUUUCGAAACUCAUUUACAAAGAUUUAUCAAAUGGUAA